AUUACAGGUGAAAUACAAAUAUCUACAUAUCCUGGGCGCAUCAUUGUCACAGAUCCAAAAGGCAUGGUGCAACCGCGUAUAAACGUCGAAAAGCAUUCUCUGCGACAUGUUGUUCUUAAUGGACAAACAACGUUGCCAUGCAUUGCUCAAGGCCAUCCAGUGCCAACAUAUCGCUGGUUCAAAGAGGAAAACGAACAACUAUUACCUCUGCAACUGAGCGAACGCAUCACAAUAGUUUCUGCCGGUUUGCUGAAAAUUGCAAAGCACCAUUAACAGCACAUUUGCAGCCUCAAGUGCAAACCGUCGAUGUUGAUAAAGAUGCGCAAUUUCAGUGCAUUGUCUCCGGACAUCCUGUGCAUGACGUAAAUUGGCUACACGACGGAAAACCAAUAUUGCGCGAUAAUCGCGUUGAGAGGCCCGAAGGUAUGGGGAAAAUAUUUUUACAAUAACGUUGGAAUGUCAUUGCACAUGACCACUUUUGGUCCAUCGCCGCAUAACUAGACCAUCUGGACCGAGCGCACAACCAAAGAGUCAGACUUCAGGGUUCAAAAAAUUUUCUCUUUUAAUCCUAGUUUUUUUUAUUUAUUUAUUUACUU